AUGAGCUAUGCUCAGGCUGAACCAGAGGAGAGGCCUGCUAAUCCCAGUGACAAUACUAUUCCCAGUGCAAACGGCAAUCCCAAUGCUAUCACCAAGUCUAGUGUCUCUGGAAGCCCUAUAAUCAAUGUCAAUGCACCCUCAAAUCCAAGCAAUACUUUUAACCCCAAUGCCACAAACACCAGCGAUGAAAUGGAGUGCAAAAUCUGCUAUCAGCGCUACAAUGUUCAUAGCCGUAAGCCCAAGAUACUGGACUGCUUGCAUCGUGUUUGUGCCCGCUGCCUUAACAAAAUCCUGGACGUUGGAGACAGCUCAGGCUGCAUCUGCUGUCCCUUCUGCCGGCACGAGACAAGAGUUAGUGACUAUGAAGUGGCAGCACUACCAGAUGACUUGAACAUUAUGUCAUUCCUGGCAGUCCAGGACAAAUGCUGUAGCUCAGACCACAGCAAAGAGGUGGUGCUGACACCCAAGAGCCUAUCAUCCAGUGAUAGUCCAUACCACGAUUCUUCUAACUGCCUGGUCAUCACCAUUAUGGAGGUCCAGAGAGAUGCACAAUAUUCACCCAGUCGCAAUGGUAGCUCUGAUGACUAUGGCGAACACAGCCUGGACUCUGUAUCCGUGGCAUCAAAUGGUGGCACCAUGGACCAGGACGCAUUCGCCAAGUUUUGCAAUCAUGUACCCCGGAUUCUUGUGUGGCUAUUAGGCUUCUUUUACUUUGGAUCCUUGCCACUGGGCAUAUACUUGCUGGUGAUCCAAAAAGUUACUCUGGGCAUAGUAUGUGUUAGCCUUGUCCCCACCAGCCUUACUGUUUGUCUCAUGUAUGGAUUCUGCCAGUGUCUUUGCCAAGGUGUAUGCGACUGCUCCAGCAGAAGCUGA